AUGGCUGCGCGGCGGCUCGGCCUCGGCUCCUCCACUACCAUCCACCUGCUGGGCCUGGAGGUCACCCCCUCGCAGCGGCUGAAAACUCCAGCCCGAGCACGGCGACGGACCCGGAGCCCCUUCCGCGCCUCAGCAGCCCGGGCGCUCGGCGCUCCGACUUCUGCCUCCGUCGGCUCGAGAUCCGCCUCGCGCGACGUCAAUCCUCAGCCGCCGCCGCCGCCGCUGCCGCCGCACACACUUUCCCUGUACUCUGCGCCUGCGCAGUCUGUCACCCUUCUUGCCGUCGUCGUCCUCUCCUCAUGGCGCCCUUUCCAUGAGCUGGAAGAUGUCCCUUUCCCUUUAACCCCCCCCUCCAGCUUCCCCCGCCCUUGA